CCUCCAUCUUUUCCAUUGGUUGGGCUUUUGCGUGACGUCUAACUCUCCCCCUUAGCUUCCCCGGCCUCGUUCGCCUGUUUGGGGUGACAAUAACGCAGCGAGAAAUCGUCUCUGCGGACUGGAAUGUCCCGGGGCUGGGAACGGGAGGGAUGAUGAUGGCUAAAAUGCUACCGGUGCGUCUGUCGCACCCCAGCAUCAUGGUCAAGCAAGAGCAGGACGAUGACUCGGACACGGACGAUCCUAACUUACUGCUUAAAAAGUCGGACAGCUCCGAGGCGCAGAUUAUCCACAGCGGCCACUUCAUGGUGUCCUCCCCGCACAGCGAGCACCCGCCCAAGAAAGGAUACGAUUUUGACACCGUCAACGAACAGGCCUGUCAGACGUACAGCUUCGGCAAAACCAGCUCUUGUCACCUGUCCAUAGACGCGUCUCUCACCAAGCUGCUGGAAUGCAUGACCCUGGCAUACAGUGGUAAACUGGUGUCCCCCAAAUGGAAAAACUUCAAGGGCCUGAAGCUUCAGUGGAGGGAUAAAAUCCGUCUAAAUAAUGCUAUUUGGCGUGCCUGGUAUUUGCAAUAUAUAGAAAAACUGAAGAAUCCUGUGUGCAACUUUGUAACCCCACUGGACGCAUCAGUAGAUUUUGAAGAGCAAAGAAGGCCUGAGGCAAUUGCCAUUGAUGGAAAAUAUUGGAAAAGAAGAAUUGAAAUUGUGGUCAGGGAAUAUCAUAAGUGGAGAACAUAUUUUAAGAAGAGGUUACAGAAGCACAAAGAUGAGGAUCUCUCCAGCUUGGUUAAAGAUGAUGAUAUUGUUCUGUGGAAGAGCACUGUGGAUGGCAGGGAUACCCCAGUACCGAUGGAGGAGGAGCCUCUUCUCGAUAUGGAGAUGCUUAUGGCAGAAAUCAGUGACACUUUAUUUUCUACUAUUUAUUCACAUCAGCCCAACCCAAAAGAGACAGCACAUGCUGGCAAUGCAGAUAUGAUCCAACCAGAGCUUUUUCCACUGCAACCCAACUUAGAUCUUAUGGAUACAUUUGAAUCCUUUCACGAUAUUUUCUCUUCUACUCGUUUUCCUUCUGGAGGCUUUUUUAAUUCCACCUCUACUGUUUCUGCCGUCCCACUGUCAGAUGCAGCUUUACGUCCUUGUAGCCCUGUAUCGCAGGCUUCUGCCCUACCAAGAAGCACUCUUGCACCUGUAAAUUUAGAUGAGGAGUUAAUCCCAUCCCCUGGUCCUCCGGCAAUAGUCCCAGUGCGAGAAGUGAGAAGAGAGAGAGCAGCCAGCGUGGGUAGCCUUUCAACCUCUCAGGAGCCAGUCAAGUUUAAUUCAGAGACAUCUAUAAGCAGCCAGCAUGGUUUUGUCCCAGUGUUUCCUCCUCCAGUGCCGCUCUUCCAAACUCCUGCUGCUUCGCCAAAUGUGCCUCCAGCGCCCUCUCUGGAUUCUUUACCUGCAUUUAUUACCAAGGAUGGGAAUAAAUUUCCACUCUGCAACACCUCAGUUAUUACACAUACUGCCUCUCCAACGCUUACCCAUAAUCCUUCUGCAACAACCUUUAGCCAGAGCCAGAACCUCAUUCUCACAACACAGCAGCAAGUGCCUUGUAACAUUUCAAUACAACCUGCAGGGAUUCCUCAACAAACUGCCACCCAGCCCCACACAUAUAUUGCUAUCUCUAAACCUGGAGCCAAGCAGAAAGCUACGCCUCAAAAAAUUGUGCCUGUUAUUCAGCCAGACACUGUAUCUUUAGUUUUUGCUCCUGCUUCCUUCCAAGGACAAACUCAAGCUGUGAUAAUGUCACCUGCACCCCUUAAGACCGACACUGUGCUGGCUCCAAGAAUUACUCAACCCAACGUCGUUAUUGCUCCUGCUGCAAUCGCUGGAACUCCAUCACUGCCAGAGUUCCAUGGCAGUAUCCUUGUUGGUCCAGCUCAGCAAACUCAGGGCAGCCAGAUGUCCCAGCCUAUGGUGCCUCGCAUGUUCCCCAGCCUGACUUCAGAGUCUUUGGUUAAGAGAGAAAAAACUCCAUUGCAGAGCUGCAGCACAGCCCCUUCUCCUUCAUCCUGCCGAGACUGUCAGAAUUCAAGGCAGGGAUCCCCAUGCGCAUCUGAACAUAGCCUCAGUCCCCCACACAGCUCAGGAAAAGCCUCAAGCGACUCUCAAGUUGUAACAUACAAGAAUCAAAGAUUAAAGCAUAUUUCUGCAGAACAGAAGCGAAGGUUUAAUAUAAAGACUGCAUUCAGCACAUUGAACAAUAUUGUGGCAUCCAACACAAAACCGAUUAGUCAUGCAAUCACACUACAGAAAACAGUAGACUAUAUUGCCAAACUGCAGCAAGAAAGGGCCCAUACUGUGGAAGAAACAAGACGUCUCAGGGAAGAAGUGGAAGAGCUGAAUCUUGCUAUCAGCUCUUGUCAGCAGCUGCUCCCAGCAACGGGGGUGCCAAUUGCGCCACAGAGCUCAUUGCACAUGAGAGAUUUUUUUGACAAAUAUGUAAAGAGCAGAACCCUUCAAAAUUGGAAGUUUUGGAUCUUCAGCAUAAUCAUUAAACCAUUGUUUGAGUCCUUCAAUGACAUGGUGUCCACAGCAAGCUUAGAGGAGAUGUGCAGCUCUACCAAGGAUUGGCUGGAUACGCACUGCUCUCUCCGUGCUUUGAGGCCCAUGGUGCUGAAUACACUUCGUCGGCUGAGCACAACUACAUCAAUCCUGACAGAUCCGAUGAGACUGCCAGAGCAAGCCAAACAGGCAGUUAGUAGCAACAGUAAAGGUGGGGGAGAGACAUAAGUUGAUUAACAUGGUACAGAAGAGUUCUCAUGUGUGGCGGAGAAGGGCUUGUGUUGUUCCGCUGUUCCGGAAUGGCACCUCUAACACUCCACCCUUGUCAGAUACAAGUGGCAUGUCCGGCCUUCAGACAAGUUCAUGGCUUUCAGGGAAUUCUAAUUUUUGUGGAGCUGCAAAGCAUCACCUUUGUGAAAGGCAGAAAGAAAAACCCCAGAGAGUUUCAGCUCAAAUAACCUGCAUAUAUAUAUAUAAGCUUGAUCUGAUUUCUAAAUUACAGAUAUUAAAUAAAGGGAAUAAAAUGUCUAUGGAAAAGUCAGGAUUGUCUUCUACUCCUCAGUAACCCUUAUAUUUGUCACUGAUUUUUUUCAUUGUCCUUAUGUUUGUGCAGUGGGUUGCAGGACCUCCAGGCAGUGAAGGAGUUAAGAUAUCUAGGCAAGUGUUCCACUGAAUGAGAACAAUGUCCCAGCUAAACCUUCUACCUGCUGAUAAAAGCUGUGUUAUUUACUCAGGUCUCUGCAGUUUCAUUUCAACACGCUCGUGCCAGGGAAGAUGAAACAGACUAAUAUCCACAAGUAUAGUUAUUGUGCAAUUAAAGGAAUGAAAUCUAUCAUGCUGGAUUUAGGAUGUGGUAGAAAGGCAGCUAAAGGGAAUGUUCUAUGGAAUUUUUUUUCCAGCUGUACAAUAAGAAGCUUUGAACAUUGCAGUUUCUGUUAAUAAAUAUUUUAACAUUGGAGAAAAACAUCACCGGUGCUGUUGCCCACAGCAAGUAAUCAAAACUUGAAUUCUGUUUUUAACUUUUAGGUGACUGUUCAAAUCUAAUUGCUGAUUGGCUGAUAUGGACAACAUCACCAGUGAUGUUUGUCUCCAGUGUUAAUUAAUAUGCCACUUGGUUUAGUGGAUAGACCUAAAGCAGUGGUUUAUCAUGUCAUAGAAGUCAACCAUGUUAUUGGGAUCAUUAUGGUCCAAGUUUUACUUCAUGUCACCAUUUGUAGUGUAUAUGAAUUAGGUUUAACAAUUUUUAGGACUGGAUCAAUAUCACCGUCAUGACAGAAUAGUUGACACAGCUGUAUUGUGUUGCAAAGGAUGAUUAAAGUUCUUGUGUGUCUCAAGGCAGUACAUUCAGACAUUUGGAGCAAGAAUGGCCUAAAACCUGUUACUGAACCCUGUUUCGUAAAUAUUGGGUCCACAGAUGUUGUAGAAUCAUAACACCUUGUGUGUCUUCACCGUUGAUUCUGUGUUGGAGAAUACUGGGCAUUGUAGUUUAGCAUUAUCUGGGGACCCAAGGUUAAGAAACAGGGGCCUAAGAGGUUAGAAAAGAAUUGGGGCUACUGUUUGUAAGUAAUUCUGGUGCUUUUUAUUAUAAGGAAUCUCCUGCUUUUCGUGAUCAGAUCUUCAUUUUCUUUCCUCCUAUUAUUUUAUGACAAAAUCAAGUUGAAAGGCAGACUAUAAAGAGACCCUUUAUUUCUGUUCUGGGUCCUUGAUUCUUCUGAUAAAACAGGUGGAAGUUCUGUUAUUCAGUGGCAAGGGGUGACUUUAGGUGUUGCUAAAAAUCAUAACCACCAAGCUCACUGCACCAAACUGACCAAAAUAUCCACACCAGUUAUUUCUAUAGCAGUUACUUAAAGUGCUGGUGCAAGCAGCGGUGCCACUUAGAAACGCGACAGUUACAGAAUGCUUUCAGUAAAUUACCAUAGCAUUCAGUGGGACUUUUCAGCUUCACCCCACAGACACCAAAGCGCCAAAAACCAUGUUGCCAUUGUCCAUAGAGUGUGUGAUAAUGAGUUCUUCUACUUUAAGCCCUAUGACAGGCUUGUUGAAUGCUGCUGCUCUCUGUGACAGAAUGUGGCAAUCCAAACACCCCUUUUCAUCUAUCACUAGCCAGAACACUCAAGUGAGUGUAUUUAGCAUUUGCUGGGUAGUUUACCGUUAAGUUUAUUUUUAAUAUGACGUUAAUUUGUUUAUUUUUAACUUUUGAGUUGGUCUUCAUUUUUUAUCUUUUUUUUUUUAUUUGCCUCCUCAUUCUGCCUCUUUCAUCUUUUAAAUUGGGGUCACUGAUCCCAGCAACCAAAUGACUCUGUCUGCUACUAUUCAUUCUCUCAUUCUCACUACAGUCUGAUUGCUGGAGUAUAUUGCACCCUAGCAUCCAGGUAGCUGCUGGGAUUUCAAACUAGAGUAGAAUUGCUGAAAAAAAACUAUAAAUUAUUAAAAAAAAGAUAAAAAAUAAAUAAUGACCAGUUUCACACUCUCUCAGAUGAUCACUGGCUACAUCAUGCAAAAAGUUAAAGGUGAACUACACUAUUAAUUGCAGUGACAGAUGAACUGGUGCAUCUUGCCCAUCUGAGCUAUGGCCAUAUUUCUUAAAAAAUGACCACAUUGGUCAAAAUAUGAUAUAUAACCAUGAGCUUUCUUUUGUUACAUUUUAGUCAUAAAUAAACCUAAUUAUCAAUGCAAAUAUGUUCCCAUGGCAAUGGAGAUAAACGUUUAACACUGCGGGAAAAAUGUUAUUUUUUUUUUUAUCUGCUUGUUCAUGUUUAUAUUGGUCCUUUGUUCCCAUGAGUACAGACCCACAAGGACCAGUAACACCAAUUACUGGGUGUAGAGCAGUCACAGAGGAAAGAACACUUAUGGGUAGUAAGUGACCAUAAUUAAUCUACUGGCUUUCUUACAAAUGCAUAAAGUUCUGCUGCUGCAGUAUAGUAAAUGAAGUGUUAAGCAAGUCAGUGCAAUGAGCGUGGCAAGGAUGAAAGUCCAGAAAUAAGAGCAUUUUGUAGAUUAUAAUAAUUUUGUAAUGGACCAUCAUGAUAAUGCAAAUGUCGGCAUCUCCCGCUACCCUGUCUGGAAUGCUGGGAGUCCAAUAGGGUAUGGAGGGCAGCAGGCAGGCAUGUAGUUAGGAUUACAACUUGCAUCACUUCUGUGUUAGUCCAUUUAAAGCUAUUAUAAUUUACAACAUUCAUUUUCCACCUAGAGUUAAGUAUUUUGUCAGACAGUAUUUUUGUAUCUAGCUGUAUAUAUAGAAUGGGAUUGUUUUUCUGUCAUUAAUGCAAAUUUAUGAAAUACGGCAAUUACGUUUGAGACUUUUAUCGCGCUUACAAGAAAUCUGGAAAUAAAUGAAGCCAAUGAAAAUGCUUUUGUGAAAGCACAACCAGCAAUACAAAAUCUAAUCGAAAAAGUUUUGGUGGAGUCUUUACCUGGUCUACGAGGGGCUGGAAUUUCAGACCUGCCAGUGCAUAAAAACUGGCGACAGAACAAUUAUGGUGUGAGAUUUGCUACAUGUCUGUUGCCUGGACAUUCAAAUGGAGAAGAGAGCUGCAAAAGCCCAGGGGAACGUGCAUGCCUGUUGCUUCAAUAUACAUAUGGUUGUUAAACAUUCAUUGGGAGAAGCUUUAUUCAGAACUUUACUGACAGAUCAACAGCAUAAAUAUUGUGGCAAUAACUGAUUUUGAGAAUUUUUUUAUAUUAAUGGAUUAUUUUUGUUUUCUGUGUAAACGAUUGUACGUUAAUGGGAUUCCCAUUUUACCUGUUACCUCCUCUUUUUUUUUUUUUUGGACUUGUAUCUUGGCAUACCUUGUAUGUAUAUGUGUGUGUUUGUGUAUAUAUAAUAUAUACCCACACACAUUCAAAAAUGUUUCAUUUUAAUGUUCAGCGCAUGAUUUUAAUGUUAUCUGACAAAGAAAAUAAGCAAUAAAAAAACUUUUGCAUCUUC